AUGGGGCUUCCUGUUGCGCGCUUGCAGCUCAGUUGUGUAGAUCCUUGUGGAAGUUCUCCUUGCAGAAACGGAGGGACCUGUUCCGCUGCACGCGACCUGUGCUCCCGCCAUUGCUCCUGCCCAGAAGAGUUCGCCGGGGAGGCCUGUGAAGCGGCAAAAUGUUUUGAUGGGAGCCUCUACGAGUACUUUGAGACUGGAAAAAGCUGGGCCAGGAUCCAUCAGGGGAUCGUGCAAGAAUGUACUUGUGUCCACAGUCAAGUGGAAUGCCGGCCUGCCCCAUCUACAGGCUGCACCACCAACCCUUGCCUCCACAGCCGUCUCUGCAGGAAGAUCACCUCCACGGGCGAGACAGUCUGCGAGUGUCAGAAACCCUUUGUGGGAAGAGACUGCAACAUUGAUCCUAACCAACGGUGCUAUCGUGGGAAUGCAACUAACUACAAGGGUGUGAUGAAGAAGACCACUUCUGGACACCAUUGUCUGCCAUGGAAUUCAGACUUGCUUUAUGAAGAGCUUCACUCAGACACUGUUGAAAACCACGUGCAACUGGGAUUGGGGCCACACUCGUACUGCAGGAAUCCGGAUGAGGAUGUGAAGCCUUGGUGCUACGUCAUACAGGGUGACACCAUGUCUUGGGGUUACUGCAACGUCACGUUUUGUGCGAGCAGGAGAAGAGUAAUUCCCAACCCAGAAAUCUCCGAAGAGUUUGCUGUCGUCAGAAGAUCGUGUGGGAGAAGACAUAAGAAGCGGAGUUUUGUUUGGCCAAGGAUUCUUGGAGGGUCUGUUGCAUUGCCCGGAUCACACCCUUGGCUGGCUGCCAUCUACAUGGAAAACAAUUUCUGCGCUGGCAGCCUCAUCCGUGCUUGUUGGGUCGUGACGUCCGCACACUGCUUCGCUAACAGCCCACCGAAGUCAACAAUCCGGGUUGUUUUGGGGCAGCAUUUUUUCAAUAAAACAACAGACAUUACGCAAGAAUUUGAAGUAGAGAAGUACAUCAUGUUUCCUGACUACACGGUUUACAACCCAACUGAAAACGAUAUUGCUUUGGUUAAGCUGAAGAAGGUCAACCGACGCUGUGCUGCAAAGUCCCAAUUUGUGCAGCCAGUCUGCUUGCCAGAAAAUGGACUGACCUUUCCUGAUAACUGUAAAUGCCAAAUUGCGGGAUGGGGCCACUUGCAUGAAAAUGCAUCCAGCUAUUCUAGAGUACUCCAAGAAGCAACCAUUCCUAUCAUCCCUGAUUACAAGUGUCAACAUUAUGAUGUGUAUGGAGCUGAAAUAAGUGAGAAUAUGUUUUGUGCUGGUUACCUCGAUAGCAAAUCAGAUGCCUGCCAGGGAGAUUCCGGAGGUCCACUGGCCUGUGAAAAGGACGGAAUAUCUUACCUCUAUGGCAUUAUCAGCUGGGGGGAUGGCUGUGGCCGGGCAAAGAAGCCUGGUGUUUAUACAAGAGUGACCAAAUACUUGGACUGGAUCAAUGAGAAAACGGCGCCAAAAGACUAA